CGCGCGCUACUACAGAAUACCGACUCGUGGUAAAGUAGAAGUUACCGACCGUCUAUCUAAUAGAAGUUUAGUAUUACCGACAUUCGAUAACACAGUUAGAUAGUAAUUUUUCUUACAAGAUGUUCAUUCUAUCAAAUAUUUUGUUUAUGGUGUAAUAUGUCGCGGUAGUGAAAGGAAACAUUAUUUUGAAUAAACUUAAAGUAUGCUGUGAAAAAAAUUAAACAUGGCGGAUGAGGAUGUAAAUGGAGAUUCGGAUGAGGUACAGCAAGAAAAGUCACAGAAAAAAGCUGCCAAAUAUGAUAGCGGUGCUGCAGAUUUGGAAAGGGUUACCGAUUACGCGGAGGAAAAGGAAAUAUCAUCGUCCGAUGGAUUUUCAUGCGCACUCAGUAUAAUUGGUGAUCGACGUAACAAAGAAGCUGCUGAAAAGAAAGCAAAGGAGAAAGAACUUCUAAAGGUUUCCAUCAAAAAGGAAGAUGUUGAUCUAAUUAUGAAAGAAAUGGAAAUAAAUCGUCAUUUAGCAGAACAAACGCUGAGAGAACACAGGGGUGAUGUCGUUGAAGCAUUGAUAACAUUAACAAAUUGACGAUUAAAUAAUAGUGUGCUAAUUUGCAAAAACAUUUCAUCACAAUUUCUUAAAUACAAAUUGUAAAAUAUUAAAUAUAGAACAUUAUUACUCUA